AUGCUGUCGCGUGUGAUCAAAGACUUGUACUAUUUGAAACGCAUCCACAGCGUCGUGCUGGACGAAAAGCUCGGACGUGCACUGAAGGCGAAGCUGAGUGCAUUGGACCUCCGCGAUGGUCCCUCCCCCGGCCCCACCGCACUUCGCCAGUUGAUGGAGUGCUUGGUGCACUUUCAGCUUGAAAGCAGCCCGGUGACGGUGAACGCGAUUGCCCUCGUGCGUGAGGAGCUUCCGCGGAUGACAGGCAGUCAGCUUUCUUUAACCAUCGCCGCAUGUUGUGCGCUCGGUCAACAUGAUGUUUCCGUGUCUGCCGUGUCAUUGCUGGUGGAGGCGUUGCCCAGCAUCGAGUGUGCGGGAACCGUACAACUCAUUCAGUCUCUUGCAGCUGCCGGCGUGCGGCAUGAGGACACGUGGUCAGUUAUUGCAGAGCACUGUGUGAGACGCAUUGAUAGUUUUACGGGGCGACAACUGUAUCGCAUUAUUGAGUGUUUUUAUGAGCGAAAAGUUCAAUACCCGGAUUUUUACGUUGUGGCCGAGCGUCACAUUUGUUCACAGCCGUCUACGUACAUCUCGAUGGAACACUUAACCGGCGUCAUUGAGUGCUACAGGGGGCUUGGUCUUCCUGUUGUGUCACUUCUGGCCGCUAGUUCCACCCGUUCAGCGGAGGGAUUUGACAGCGGUCUGGUGGCGGUGGCCCCCACGAGGACAAGGCGAAGUCAUCGCGAAGGCGGGAGCCUCACCCCAGCAGGGGGGGAUGGGCCGUCGAACCAUGCCGUGAUGGCCACCUUCUUGGAGUCGGCAUUGAAGGCCAUGAAGGUGGCCGAUGACCCGCAACUUAGCGACAUGUUGCAGAAGUGUGAGGCAAAACAUGUGAUGCAUGCAGAGAUUAUGGAGGCGGCGGCUUUGCGGCUGAGUGAGCUGCACGCAUCGUCCCCGAACUUUUCAAGAACGACCGCACUUAUAAGACUCAUGAUGCGUUUCCACAAAAAGGAAUGGUUUGUCUCUGCUUCCCAACCGCUCUCUCGACUCUUGGAUGAGUGUGCCGAGAGCGCCAUCCCUGUGCUUGGGCACCGUAUGCUUUUGUUGGCCGACGGCGCAUUGAAAUUGUUUCCCGCAGAGGUACAACCAACGCAGUUCUACGCCGCUUUGGUUCGUGACCUCAAGUUUGACGACGUAGCGGCAAGUAUGAAUGCCAAGCGGCUGCCGAUUGUUGCGGGAGUCAUGAUUUCUCUCCGUGCAUACGGGGGUCAUGCACUGCUUGAACAACACAUGUCUAUGAUGUCAGUCGCGGCGGCAAACGCGCCACUACGAGUUCAGGUGGAGCUUGCCGCCAUGCUGGCGCCGCUUCCAGCCGCACGAAAAGCUUUUCUUUCGGAUCUUUUUCAGUCUCUCUCUUCACAGAAAAAUUGGGUGCGUCUUCUCACAGCGCGUGAGGCAACUCUUCUUUUGGAGGGCCUUGCUCAGAGCCGUUUGCCGUUCAAUGACUUACUGCUGGUGGUGGUGGAGUACACCAGGGAAAAUCCUGGCCGAUUCGACACCCCGGAUUUGGUCAAUGUCCUUCUGCGGUGCGCGACGCUGGGGUUUAGUGACAUUGAGUUUUACUCCACCACGGCAACACAUAUUCUGGAGAAGAAGUCAAGGACUACCGUACAUGAUCUCUGUUUGCUAAUGUACGUUUUCACUUUUGUCCUGAAAGGUGUGAUUCGCGUCGUGCAACAGAUGUUACCUCGUUUACGUGUUUCGGCAAGCCACACAAGUCCACGUGACAUCACGUUGGUGCUUUACAGCACGGUUAAACUUGGCAUCGCUCGUCACACAGAGGUGACGACGCCUUUUUGUGAUCGUGCGGUGAACAUUAUUACUUCCUUCAAGGGUGAAGAAUUGGCCAGUUGUAUGACUUCUCUGCGUGCCCUUCGGUUUGACCACGAGGCUUUUCUCUCAGCUUCGGCCGAAUUGCUGGGCGCGGAGUUGUCACGUCGUGAGGGCACCGUGAGGGACAAAGAAGGGGUUCCACUUAACGACACGCAGGUGAUUUCGAUCACGAGCGCCAUUGUACAUUUGCGCCGCACUUUAUUACGGACGGAGUGGCACGUGCCCCUUCAGCGCAUCUGCUUUGGCUGCCUUUCAACGGCGUCUGCCACUCAGACGCAUCAAAUCGCCGUUGUAACGGCGGCCCUCGACGAGGCACCGUGCUACCCAGAGCAGUGGGAUAAGUUACUUCAACACGCCAACGAAGUCUGCCGUCGAUUUCAAAAUGGCACCAUCACAGCGGAGGUUCUUCUUGCCAUCCACGAUCUCAUUCCACUUGACGGCGCUGACGACCGAAAGGAUGCACUUUUAUCUUCCCCGUUGUUUACCUGCUCGCAGAGAAAUCUGGCGGAUAUCAUGGCCAACACAGAGCUGCGUGACAGAUUGCGCAGCAAGGGACUGCUGGCCCUCAUAGCGGGUGUUAGCGCACCGUUCCAUGUUGAUGAGGCGGAGCGCACCUUAUCUUGCGGCGUUCCACUGCGUGAGUCUAUGCUGCUUCAUCACAAACAAAUGCGACAGGUUGCAGCAACUGGGGGAUCGAAACGCAGUAAGAGUCGUGCUCUGAAGCCAACGUCUAUAAAGGCCUCGGCAAAGUCGAAAUCCGCGCGAAAGAAGAAGGAGAAAGAUGAAACAGACACCAGGACUCACACCCGUCGUCGUGGUGUUCCGUCCGGUAAAAUGCGUGCGGGGACCACCACUAGCAAUGGGGAUACUAGUAUGGAUGAUGAUGAUGGUGAGGCGGUGGGUGCAAAGAGCUCCACUCAGACGAAGAAAAGGGAUGGAGUGAAGAAGCAUUUCAUUGACUUUGGCGUGGACUCCGAGGCGAAUGUGGAGGAGUUUCGUAUUUAG